AAAAAAUCCUGGUCGUGGGAGCAGUUGUUAACAGAGAAGUAACAGCUACCAGUAGAAGCCAUGGCCACGGCACUGGAAAAUGGUACUCUCCCAGAGAGGUCUAAGAUGCUAGAUGACCUAAUUAUGGGUACCAACGGCAGUAGCAUCGUGUCGAAGCGCAGUGUGGAAAGGCUAUACUAUCCAAACGAGCCUCAUUAUUUCCGCUUUUUUGUGAAGAAAUUCCAGCGCCGCGCACCUCUAAUAAAUCGAGGAUAUUGGCUCCGUCUUAGAGCCAUUGACGUUAUGGUCAGGGACUUCUUGAUGAAACAGUCAAACGAGAAAAAGGUGGUAGUGAAUCUGGGAUGUGGCAGUGACGUUUUACCUUGGCAAAGCCACGUUAGGUAUCCUGCUGCCAGUGCAAGUGCUACGUUUGUCGAUGUAGACUACCCUGAUCUCAUCCAAAACAAACGCAGCAUUGUCUUGGAGACUCCAGAGCUCAAAGAGUUGCUUGGAGAUGAUUAUGAAACCAAUCCUAGUGACUCUGACGGCAUCGUAUUGCAGAGCCACAAAUAUAGCCAGGUAGCUUGCGACUUGCGUGAGCCAAAUUCUUUACGGCGAGCAUUGGGACGAUUGGUGGAUUUGUCCGCUUGCGAAAUCCUUUUUGUUGCAGAAGUGUCUAUCACGUAUAUGGAUACAAAAUCAGCAGAUAAUCUUAUCCAAUGGGCCAGUACUCUCAGAAAAUCUUCGUUUUGCUUGUUAGAGCAGAUACUGCCUCUUGGCCCUAGUCACCCAUUUGCACAGACAAUGUUGAAGCACUUCAAUAAGCUGAAAACCCCACCAAGAUCUGUUUUGCAUUACCAGACUCUAUCCAGCCAACUGGACAGAUUUAAAAGCAGAAACUGGAAUAGCGUUGCUAUUUGGGACCUUUGGCAGGCCUGGGAAGACUCUAAAUUUGUAUCUUCCAAAGAAAGGUCCGAUCUCGAUGAUGUUGAGCCUUUUGACGAAUGGGAAGAAUUCUUACUCUUUUCGCGCCAUUAUUUUGUUCUACUGGCGUCUUCUGAGACUGGGGCUAAUCAUCGCAGAAGUGAGCCGCCUUCACCUACAACAACGGUGCUGCCGAUCUUGCCCAACAGUCCCACUAUUGAUAUCAAACAUUUUCCAGACGCACCGAAACGCCGAUUUGGCCAAUCUAUAGUUACAGUCGACACGUUAGGCCGGCGAAACUUGAUAGCAUUGAUGGGCCUCGGCGGAUCGAGUCGGUCUGAUACGUAUGAUGUUUAUGCGCUUGAUUCCAACAGCCAGGUGCCCGAAAUAUGCGCCGUGGGACCACCACCAAGAACGUGUUGUACAGUGACCGAUUUAGGGCAUUAUGGAAACAUUUUGGUUGGAGGUAGAGCAUCACCAGCUACAGCGCUGUCAGAUGUGUGGUUGGCAGACCAAACUGAGCCUUUGAGAUGGAAAUCCACCUGGAGACUUCCGAGGGCCUUAUACAGACACUCUACUAUUAGACUCAAAGGUUCGUCUUUGGCAUUAGUUGCUGGUGGAAAGGUUGGCCCCUCACAGAUUUCUGACCAGUUCCUACUGUUCGAUCCUGCACAUGGAUGGAAGAUCUGUAAAUUGCAGGGCGAUAUUCCGAAAGCCGCUUUUGGAUCAACCCUUGUGAGCUUUCCCCAAGCAGCAUACUCAGAUGGAAAGUUUUGUGGCCUGUAUUCUGGAGGGUUAGGGCAGGAUGGCCUUUUCAUUACUUCAACCUACAGGUGGAUGUUGACCACUGAUGGGAACGAGGUCAAUAUUGUGUUUGAGAAGCUUGAUAUCGACGAUGAACUAGGAAAAGUUGGACUCUUUGGCGCUGCUGUAGCUGAAAUUGGGGGUGUUUCUUUGCUCUGUGGUGGAGUUGGCCAACACCCCGCAGCACAAGGGCAGUCUGUUCUAUUUCUAAAGAUCAAAGAUCAAACUUAUGAGAUGGGCGAAUUCCAACUAUCAAAAGAUGACGGCGCUGAUAUACCAUUCAUGAUCGGGUCAUCUACUAUUGAAACCAACGACAACAUUUUGAUUACGGGAGGAGGUGCCACCUGUUUUUCGAUGGGUACAUACUGGGAGCCGAACUCAUACAUCCUCUCCAUUUCCAAUAAACCAACGCCAAGGGACGGCGGAGAGUACAGCAUAGGCUGUAUGAAGCUCAUGCAGUCCUCUCGGGUUAUCGGCAUGGUACGUGGGCAUCCCAACGAUGCUGGCCUUGAACGGUCUCCUACCGUGCCAUUGAUGAUUGAGAUUGAUCGUCUAAACCUUCAAUCUAGUGACGAUUUCGAAGCCAUAUUACGGGCAAAUAAGCCUGUUGUUAUUACAGGACUUGACCUGGGUAAUUGUAAGGACCUAUGGACUCCAGACUACAUGGCAGAGGCAGCUGGUGCCAACGAGGAGGUCAUUGUACAUGAUUGCAAUCAAAGUUCUGGAAAAAUGGAUUUUAAUUCCAAAAAUUUUCGCUAUGUGACAGAAACUUUUGGAAGCAUGAUGAAGAGAAUUCAAUCGGGAGCGCCUCUAUAUUUGCGAUCACUAUCGGUCACCCACCCAACUGAGCAGCCCGCAAAGCUAGAACAGGAUUUUCCGAACCUCAGCAAAGACUUUUGCCUCCCAGAGAAGCUUAAGUUUGUAUCUGAACAUGAGUUUAGUUCCAUACUGAGGAUAUCUGGAAGAGUUAACAUGUGGUUGCACUAUGAUGUCAUGGCCAACGUUUAUGCACAAAUACGAGGCUCGAAAAGAAUGAUACUAUUUCCACCAGAGGAUGUUUCAAAGUUGGCAUUUGCCCCGGGGGGAUCCAGCUCCAGCCUGGAUGUCUUCUCCUCUACCAAUGCGCGAUUGGUACACUCAGCACAUCCCCAUGAGGUCGUUAUCAACCCAGGCGAAGUUUUACUCCUACCACCAAUGUGGCUCCAUUCAGCAACACCACUUACUGACAUGAGUGUGGCUGUAAAUGUCUUUUUUCGUGACCUGGAGACGGGUUAUGCAAACGGAAGAGAUGUGUAUGGGAACAGGGAUCUGGCGGCCUAUGACAAGGGUAGACAGGAAGUCGUACGCAUUAAGAAGCUUCUUCAGCCCUUUCCAGAACAAACGCGGCGAUUUUAUGCCAUACGAUUAGCAGACGAGCUUCUGGAAGAAUAA